AAAUGUUACUAUCUAAUUCUUCAAUUAUUUUUCUAAUCAACAUGCCAUUUAUAGAAACCUUCGUCAAAAAUAUAAACUGAGAAAAGAUUUAUACAUGAUUUAUCCUUGUCUUGCGGCAUUAAUUAUGGUCUACUAAAAUAGAUAAAUAGUCAAGAAAAAUGGUAUGGUGUUAUUAAAUUUUUAUCCUUUGUUUUGGAAGAAUUUGGAAACGAUUUAAUUUAUAAAUAGACAGAAUGAGUACUUGUGGAUCUACUGGAAUGUGUGGUUGAAAAUGAUGUUUAACCAAUUUAUAAUAAUUUUUGCCAAUUACAGACUAAGUUUUCGCGUCAGAUUAUUUUGGUGGUAUUUGUUUCUUUUUAUAUGCAAUUAUUUAUCGAGAAAUUACAUGGUUGCUCGUAGUCUAUGUUCCAUGUAUCUGAUUCAUACUCAACCUUUAGAUAUGGACAUUUUGAUUGAUUACUCAAACCUCAUUCUUGUUUAUAGAGACUAGAAAGAGCUCUCCAAUUUUAUUUUUCAUUUUUCAUAUGAAACUAUAUAAACUAUAUAUUUGUUAUGAAACUAUGGAUUCGAGCCCUGAAUCUACUUGCUUGCAAGAAAAAUAGUAAAAGAAAAGAAAGAAUAGAAUUGAGGGAAAAAUGUCCAAUGUUCUAAGACUCACCAAGGGUACAUACUAAGGCUUCUUUGAUACUGUUGGAAUAUCUAUUGCUUGAGCUGGAAGACUAAUUAUGACUCUAGAAAUAGCCCUUUGUGUUGUUGGAAAGUUCAUGGAAUACGCAAUUGAUCCGCUUUUGUGUCAAUUCAAGUAUAUGUUCUGCUACAACAAGAAAAUUCAAACUUUGAUGGAUAAGGUGAAAGUUCUUGAAACUCAGGAAUCUGAGGUGCGAGAAUCGGUUCGUCAGGCAAAAAAUAAUGUGGAAGCUAUUAGACCUAUUGUUUUAGAUUGGCUGCAAAAUGUUGAAGAAAUGAAGAAAAACGCGGAUGAAGUUUUUAAAGAUGCAACAAAUUCUAAAAUGCAGUGCCUAUUCCUUCAGUGUCCAAAUUUGUUGACCCGUUAUUCACUUGGCAGGAAAGCCACAAAGAAGGCUGCUGAGGUCGCUGAGCUCCAAAAGGAAGGUACAUUUCAAGAUGUGGGUGAACGUAAAUCACCGGUGCAAAUACCUUAUCAAAACCCCAGUGACUUUGGAGCUUUCGAAACAAGGAUAUCAACUAAAAAGGGAAUCAUGGAAGCUCUAAAGGACAAAGAUGUCAGCAUAAUUGGGAUCUGUGGAAUGGGUGGAGUAGGUAAGACAACAAUGGCAAAAGAAAUAGCUAAUGAAGCCAAAGCUGACAAAUUAUUUGAUGAGUUUGCAUGGGCAGAUAUAUCUCAAGAUCCAAAUGUUACCAAAAUUCAGAAUCAACUUGCUGAAAAGCUUGGCUUGGAAGUUACAGAUAUUACUGAUAAAUAUGAGAGAGCUGAACGACUUCGUGAAAGACUUGGAAGUGACAGAAGUAAGAGCAUUCUUGUAAUAUUGGAUGAUGUUUGGGAAUAUACUGUGUUAGAAACUAUAGGAUUUCCUUCAGCAAGGGAUGAUAAAAGGUUGAAAAUUCUAUUAACAUCACGCGAUAAAGAUGUGUUCACAAAAGUGAGAGGUACAAGAAUAUUUAACGUCGAUCUUUUAAAUGAAAAAGAAUCGUGGGAACUUUUCAAGGAAAAGGCAGAAAUUUCUGAUGAUGCAACUGAUAUUAUAAAGGAUACGGCAAUAAAAAUUGCAAAGAAAUGUGAUGGCUUACCUCUCGCCCUUGUGAUAGUCGGCAGAGCCCUCUGUAAAAAAGAAAAACAUGUAUGGGAGAAUGCACUUUUAGAACUACGGACUUCUGAAGUGAGUAAUAUCAAAGGAGUACACAAGUACGUAUACUCAAGGAUAAAGUUAAGCUACAACUAUCUAGAGAGUGAUGAAGCCAAGUCCUUGUUUCUGUUAUGCUCCUUGUAUCCAGAAGGUGCUGAUAUUGAAAUUGAAGAUUUGGUUAGAUAUGCCUGGGGGCUAGAGUUGUUUAGAGGUACAAUGACAUUGAAUUCAACCAGAAAUAGGUUAAACACGAUUGUUGAUCUUUUGAAAAGUUGCUACUUACUGCUCUCAGCUGAGACUAAGGAUCGUGUAAGAUUGCAUGGUGUUGUAAGAGAUGUUUGCUUACAAAUUGCAUCUAAAGACAAUAUGUCGAUACACACUAGUUUGAAGGUGUGGCCAAAACAUAACAACGAUACAUCAUAUAGUGCAAUUAGUCUUACAUCGAAUGAGCUGAAUCAACUUCCCAGUGGGUUAGAAUAUCCACAACUAAAGUUUCUAGGAGUGAUGUGCGGACACCAGCCACUAAACGUGUCCAAAGAUUUUUUUGCCAAUAUGAAGGAACUCAAAGUUCUUGACUUCACUUCUAUGAGGAUUCAAAUCCCAUCAUCAAUCCAAUUGUUGACCAAUCUUCAAACUUUGUGCUUGGAUUGUUGUACAUUAAACAUUGAAUUUUCAACUAUUGGGACUCUAAAAAAGUUAGAAGUUCUCAGUUUUCGUGGCUCUGAUCUUGAUCACUUUCCUAAUGAUAUAGCAGAACUUAGCAACCUAAGGUUAUUGGAUUUGAGGUUGAUGCGUAGCUCUAAAUGUUCUCCGCUUUCACCAGGUAUCUUAUUGCAUUUGAAGAGACUGGAAGAACUAUACAUGGGUGUUAUUAAAAUAAGAGGUGAUGGACUGGAACAACGAGGGUACAUUAUUAACGAGAUAGGUUCAUUGACCUGUCUUAAUACUUUCCAAAUCAGCACAAACGAUCCUCAAUUUUUGCUGCAAAUAUUACAAGUUAUGCACAUUGAGCGACUGGAUAGAUUUCAUAUCGAAUUAGCUAACUUAGAGUAUGCUCGUGAGAGGUAUUACUAUUUCGGAAGGAGAUUACAUAUACAUGGCAUUACUUAUGCGAGUGUGCUUUCACAACCUGCAAUUAACUCAUUGAUGAGGAAAACUGACCAUCUUUCUAUAAAAAUGGUCUUGAAUAAUCCUGAUGAUCUUUCUCUACAAGUGAUGGAGAGGAAGAAUGUGUUAGAUGAAGAUAGCUUCGAGUAUCUAAAUGGAAAUCAUCCAACAGGGGCAUUUGAUGAAUUACAAAAGAUAAAUCUAGAUGGCAUACCAAAAAUGAAACAUCUGUUUAGGGGUGUCAUCAAACCUCCAUCACUCCACAAUCUUAUGUUUCUUACCAUUGGAAGUUGCCCCUCAUUGAAAAGCCUAUUUUCUGAGUCAGUUGCAUUAUGCAUGGUGAAUCUCCAAAAUUUAAGUAUUUCCAAUUGUGAGAUUUUAGAGGAAGUUGUUUCAAUGGACACAGAACAAAAUGAAGUUAACCAGAUGCUUGUGUUUCCAAAACUACAGAAAAUCAAGCUCAAAAGUUUAAGAAAUCUCAAGAGCUUUAGAUGUGGAUUUAACAAGACCAUUGGUGUGCUGAAUCCACUGUUCAAACAGGUUACGUUUCCUAACUUGGAGCUGUUGCACAUUGAAGGACUGGGUUGUACUGUGAAAAUAUUGGAUGAACUAAGGCAAAUCGGAUCUCUUAAACUAGGAGAAUUAAUAGUGGAAAAUUUGGAUAAUGUGAACAUUUUGUUUGACUUUGAGCAUAUAAAAGAUGAUGCAGAAAUUGGUAUACUUAGUCAAUUAGCAUCGCUGGUUGUGUUGUCUCUACCCGAUUUAGUGCAUUUCACAAGGAUGUUUCCUAAAGGAAUUUAUGUCUAUCAGAAUUUGACACAUCUUGGUGUUGGACAUUGUGACAACUUAAGGUACUUAUUCUCACCUUCAAUGGCCCAUUCACUUGUGGCUUUAGAAGUUCUUAUGAUUGAGGAUUGUGAAGCAAUUGAAGAGAUUAUUGGAAGAGAAGAAGAAGAAGACACUUCGAACAUUGAAAUUAUGGAAGAAGGAAUGACACGCAGAAUUGUCUUUCCUAAAUUGGAAGAUCUAUGGCUUGCUCAUCUUGAUAGAUUCAGAUUGCUUUCAUCUCAGAAUUAUGAACUUGUGUUCCCUUCACUAGAAUAUUUGCGAAUUGAAAAUUGCCCAGCGAUGACAGAAUUGUAUUCAAGACAACAACUAGGUGCACCAAAGCUUGAUAAAGUAUGGAUAAACAAUGGAUCCGUUGAUAUUUAAAAUUUGUUGGAUUUUGAAGAUUUGAGAUCAGGACGGCAACUUUGUUAAUGCUUUCAAUAUUGUUAAGGUUGUAGGAGAAAAAACUAAGUUCAAUGCUAAUGGAAGGAGGCGAAGCUAGAAAAUAUAUCAGCAAUGGUAUUUGGUAUCUUAAUGGAUGAUUCUUGUAGACAACACGAGGCAACUACCCAAUUCCGAUAAUUGCUUUCUAGGCUUGUAGUUCAGAGGGGGAGAUGUCACUGUGCCUUUUGAUCGAUUCAGCUUCAACUGAAGGUAUAAACCUAAUAGGCAAAGGUAAUCAGGUUCGAAGAGGCUGAUUUCCAGUGCUAGAGUCAGAGUCGCUGCUUAAUAGGAAAGUUGGAGAAGAGACUAGAGACAAGUUUUCUACGGAUGAAGCUUUACUACUUUGAGGAUCGGGGAAACCAUCGAGUUCCAUUAAGGCCAGAACUUACUCUUUCUUUGGCCAGGCUUGUGAUACAGAAAGGAAAAUUAGUAUCGCUUCCACUAAAAUGGUAUGCUGUUGGACAAUGCUGGCAUUAUGAAGGAAUGAAUAUGGGACGCCAGCGUGAACACUACCAAUGGAACGUGGAUAUUAUCGGUGUACCUAAUGGUGCACUGCUCAAACAGAGAGGACUUCUACCGGAACUUGGUCUCCAGAUAGAAACAUUGUCUGCUCAUUGGAUAGGGAUCUCCAGGGCGAAGCUUCUGCAAUUGCUGCUAAUCUCAGGGAAAAAGGUCAAAGUGUUGACUUGGUUUUGGAAAAUAAACCCCUUAAAUGUGUUUAAAAGGUCACCGUGAAUAAAUGCUCGCAGGCUGAUAUUAAUGGGUAGUGCUGAGUGGCAAAAGGGGAUGGUUGGAGUCAAAAUUCUUUCAUCUUGCGAACAAUAUGAGAUUAAAGUUGAUGAACUAGAAUAGCAAUGUUAAAUAUAAUGCCCAUAAAUGUACCUUUUAUAUUUAUAUUGACAGAUCGACCAAAUCCAUUCCUAUCAUCAGUUUCUGAUUUCUGAUUUUCAUUUUCUCAGUCUUAAUUGUAGACGAGGAACUUCA